CUUCCGGGCAGUGCCGCCGUUAUGCUGUUGCUGCGGGCGGCGCGGAGCCGCGCGGGGGUUCCGUAUGGCCGCUCUCCUCUGCCGCUGGCCGGCCUCUCGCAGGUGUUGAAGCUGGAGCGGAGCCGCCGCGACGGCGUCAUGUUCCCGCUGCAGCGGCUGGCGCGCAACCUGGCUCCCGGCGCAGAGGAGGCGGCCUUCAAUCUUUUCCAGCCCGGGCUGCCCGCGCUGCAGCACGCCGAGAUGCUCUUCACCUCCCGCCGCGGUCACGCUAUCGACUACGUGAGCUCCGCCGUGCGUAUGGAGCACGCCCCGACGACCGCGCGGCCCGAGGUGUGCUUCAUCGGCCGGAGCAACGUGGGCAAGUCGUCGUUAAUCCGGGCCUUGUUCUCGCUGGCUCCAGAAGUGGAGGUCAGAGUGUCAAAAACUCCAGGCCACACAAAGAAGAUGAAUUUCUUCAACGUAGGGAAGUACUUCACUUUGGUGGAUAUGCCAGGGUAUGGCUACCGUGCCCCAAAAGACUUUGUGGAUAUGGUGGAGGCUUAUCUGCAGGAGCGGCACAACUUGAAGAGGACUUUUCUAUUAGUCGAUGCUGUGGUAGGAAUCCAGAGCACAGAUCUUAUUGCAGUAGAGAUGCUGGAGGAGUUUGGGAUUCCUUAUGUGAUGGUGUUAACAAAAAUUGACCGAGCUUCCAAGGGACUGUUGUUAAAGAAUGUGCUGGGGAUCCAGAAGUUUGUAAAGGAGAAAACUCAGGGUUGCUUUCCUCAGCUAUUCCUAGUCAGUUCUGUGGAGUUUUCAGGAGUCCACUUGCUAAGGUGUUUUGUAGCCCAUGUUACUGGAAACCUGCCUACUGUAGAGGCCAGCUGAAAAGUCUGGCUCCUGGUCUGCUCAGCUCAUCUGGAACAAAAGGUUCAGCACGAUAGCAUGCCUCGCUUGUGUACGUCCAGUUGUCCUUGUUCCUGGUGGAUGCAGGAAAGGAAACCUACUUUAUGGGAUCUGCCUUCUGGUUGGCUUGAAACAGUGGUGAUAAAUGAACAACACCUAGCGGAACUCUCUCCUCCUGCACUUUAUCAUCACUCGGUGCUGCAUCUACCUUCUGUUUUAAAUCCCACUUGAAGUUCUGCAGCUGCCCUCAGCUGAGUUAUCAGAGAUGGGUCUGUUACCUGCAUCUGUCCUGUGCUGGGAGUUGAAGCACAAUACUGAGGUCCCACAAGCGCUGUACCUAAGAGUACAAUGUGGGGGAAACCAGAGCUUGUACAGAAUCUACAAAAAGAACUGCCAUUAAAUAGCAGUAGUUGUGCACAGGAAUUUAGACCAAAGCUAGUAAGUGCCUGUGUCAUGCCCUGGGACUCGUCCUGUCUUAAGACUGCCAAUUCUGUGUAUGCAGUUGUUCAAGCUAACUUACAUUAAGUGUUUAAAUCUCAAGAAAAGGUAAUUCUUUCAUAAACCACUCUGAGGCUUGAAGGUGGUGUUUCUACUGUUUGCUACAUUAAGGAAUUUCUUGUAACUCUCAGAUUAGAUUUGAAGCAGAGUUUGUUUCCAGCGGAUAUGUUGGAAGUGGCAAGGUGAGGAAUACUGUAGAGAGAUGUGGAUCUCCAGUUUCUACAUGUAAGCAGAGAUCAAGCCUGUAAAACUCUACUGUUUUGUUUCUAAUCCCAAAAUGCUCCAAAGCAAACUGCCUGUGGGUGUUUGAUUCUAGAAAUAAAUACAGUAGGAUCUAGAGAGAUGUUGACGUGCAUGUCAACAUUUCAGGAAUAAGCGUGUAUUAGUAUCUUAAAACCAGUGUCUUUCAAAGGCAUCAUUGUAGUCAAAGAAGCUGUAAUCUUCAAGGCCUCAGUUUGUUGUGUGCAAGAAUCAAUGCCUCUGUGACAGGUGUAACAGUAAAUAAAAUCAAAUUAAGCAGGA